AUGCUGGUGCAGGAGCGAGCUUCCCACGCCGCCAAAUCCUCUCUCUCCGACGAGGAGGAAGACCAGCGGGAGCCCUCCGCUGGCAACGGCGGCGCCACCCGGCGGGACUACCCCCACGCCGGCCAUCUGCGGGAUUACCGCUUCUCGCGGCCCAAGAGCCUCGAAUUCUCCACCUGGUUCUCCGACAACCUCUACAAGAUCGUCGCCAUCUUCCUCCUCGCCACAUCCGUCGCCGCCCUCUUCUUCCUCCGCAACGUCGGCGACACUGCCGCCCUGCUCUGCUUCCAGUCUCGCAUCGCCGGAGACGCCCAAUCCUCCGCCUCGCGCCUCGCCUUCCCCCAUGUCUCCUGGAGAAGAAUCCCCCCCAUUCCCCCUCUCCCAGGCCCCACCGCCGCCUUCCGCGCCGAGCGCUGGAUCGUCGUCUCCGCUCCCCCUUCCCCCCCUUCCGAUUCCCUUCGCCGUCUCGUCCGGAUCCGGGGAUGGCAGCUCCUCGUCGUCGGCAACUCCGCCACUCCCCCAGACUGGUCCCUGAAGGGCUCCAUCUUCCUCUCCCUGGAGGACCAGGCCCGCCUCGGCUUCCGCAUCCUCGAGCACCUCCCCUACCGAUCCUACGUCCGCAAGACCGCCGGAUACCUCUUCGCCAUCCAGCACGGCGCCCGCAAGAUCUUCGACGCCGACCGCCGCGUGGAGGUCCUCGGCGACGAUCUCGCCGCCCGCUUCGACGUGGACCUCCUGGGGGACUCCGGGGCGGCGCAGCCGCAGCAGCUCCUGCUCCAAUACAGCCACGAGGAUCCCAAUCGCACCGUCAUCAACCCCUACGUCCACUUCGGGCAGAGAUCUGUGUGGCCGAGGGGCCUCCCCCUGGAGAAUGUCGGCGAGGUCUACCAUGAGCAAUUCUACACGGAGGUCCUCGGGGGGCGGCAGUUCAUCCAGCAGGGGCUCUCCAAUGGCCUCCCCGACGUGGACUCCGUCUUCUAUUUCACCCGAAAGUCAACGGCGGUGGAGACCUUCGACAUCCGCUUCGACGAGAAGGCUCCCAAGGUGGCGCUGCCGCAGGGCACCAUGGUCCCCGUCAACUCCUUCAACACCCUCUUCCAUUCUCCGGCCUUCUGGGGCCUCAUGCUCCCGGUCUCUGUGAGCACCAUGGCCUCAGACGUGCUCCGCGGCUACUGGGCACAGCGUAUUCUCUGGGAGAUCGGCGGCUAUGUCGCCGUCUAUCCCCCCACCGUUCAUCGCCCCGACCAGGCCGAGGCCUACCCUUUUGCCGAGGAGAAGGAUCUCCAUGUCAAUGUCGGGCGCCUGAUCAAGUUCCUGGUUGCUUGGCGCUCCAACAAGCCGACUUUGUUUGACCGGAUACUGCAGCUCAGCUAUGCCAUGGCGGAGGAGGGAUUCUGGUCUGAGAAGGAUCUGAAAUUUACAGUAGCAUGGCUUCAGGAUCUGGUGGCUGUCGGGUACCAGCAGCCGAGGCUGAUGUCGCUGGAGCUGGACCGCCCGAGGGCAGCCAUUGGCCAUGGCGACAAGAAGGAGUUCAUCCCCCGCAAGCUUCCGUCCAUGCACCUUGGCGUGGAGGAGACGGGAAUGGUCAACUACGAGAUCGGGAACCUCAUCAGGUGGAGGAAGAACUUUGGGAACGUUGUGCUUAUCAUGUACUGUAGUGGGCCUCCUGAUCGGACUGCUCUAGAGUGGAGGCUGCUCUAUGGUCGGAUAUUCAAGACCGUUGUGAUUCUCUCAGAGCAGAGCAAUCCGGAUCUUGCCGUGCAGCAUGGCCGAUUGUCGCAUGCAUACAGGUGGGUCCCUGGCUCUCUUUCCUCGUUUACUUCUUUGCUAUGCUAUGGUAUGCUAUACUUUUCUAAGUCCUUCUGUAACACUCAUUAUUUAGCUUCUGCUGUGUUUUUUUCUCUGAGUUUGUGCUUUCCUUUAUUUUUCGUAAAUUCUCAAUGUGAGAUGCCGGGUAAAAUAUUUUGGGAGAAAUUUCUCCUCCGCAUGGAGGAACACAGUGUUGAAGAACGCCAUGGUGAUCUUUAUCAAUCGACCAUCAUCUGAUUGAUGUGUGACAAAAAUAGGUGUAGGGUUCUAUUCAGUGGAUCUUUGAUGACUAUGAGGGGAUGCUGAUAUGGUGAAGGUGCAACAUGGGAAGGGCGUGCCCAAAAGGUAGGGAAAUAAUGGUGAUGAAGCAACAUUGGUGAUAGCUUAAGAAGGCGCAAGUAUGGUUCUUGAACAAGUCACUUGUUCGAUUAAGUUCAUUUUCUUCUGCAGUCUUGGAUUCUAGGAUGAUGGGAUGACCCUUGGGAUACUGAUUAGAGGACGUGUAUAGAUUGGAAGCACUGGGAAGGGCUUUUGUGAGUUAUGCUGUACAUAUUUUUAGUUGUGAGGUGUAAAGGUCUUUGUCAUGUUUUCUUCUGUCUCGGGGAUGGAUGCCAUUUUUAUUUUAUUUUUUUCUUGUAUCUUAGCUUAUUUCUGAAGUUUAGAUUAUGCAGUAGCUUAUCUCUAUCAAUAAUUAUUAUCGGGACAUAAUUGGUGCUAAUGAAGUCAAUAUGCGACAUGCUACUGUGCUCCCGUUCUUUGUGGAAUCUGCAUGAGCCAAAGAGAUGAAGCUGCUUCUUUUGCAGAUCAGUAUCAGAUGACUAAUUAAACUUUCUAAGUUCUCAUCCUGCCAUCUCCCAACCAAUAACACUAUUCUUGGGCUUCGGGCAUCCGUCAUCCACAACGACAAGAAAAAGGUGGAUCCAAACGUUUCGUUAAGUACCGUGACCCUGGCUCCCAUUUCUCUUUUUGCUCCCCGUCUCUCUACCUCCUCUUCUCCCUAAUCGAUUCUUACAGAGACCAACCCAUUUUAGGAGGAAUUCAUUUCAUCUCAGCUAGUCUGCUCGUGGUUGAAACUCCUGCUAGCCUGGUGUCACUGCUGGGGUUCCUGUUUCAACUGGGUAAGUGGAUGGCCCUUUUCAUCCCUUCAAGUUUCUUUCCGGAAGAAGUGGGUCGAAAUGCAUGCAUACAUCAGACUUAUGGGACAACUUGUUCAAACAGAUGGAUUAUACUUGGUUCUAUGUCAUCUCAAGGACCUGGGUGAGGUUGGAGCUCCUGGUGUAUUUAAGAGCAAGACAUGAGGAUCUAUGUUGAGUAAUGACUCACGUUGUCUUUGAUCAGAGGAGCCAAGCAUGGAUACUUUCUUUUUCCUUCACAAAUACCUCUAGGCUUUGGACAAACUUUUGUUGACGGAGAGACUGUAUUACAAAUUCAUAGAAAUGCUAUUUCAUGGACUUAUGGUAGUGAGAGUUGAUUGGUUCAUCCGAAUAUGCUUAGGACUCGGAAGUUGAUAAUCAUGUUGAUAACAGAAAAGUUAUCUUACUUUCACCUGAUAAUCACGCACUUUUCGAAUCUUAAUUUCACCUCAUAUAGGUUGAGAGAGGGUUUGAUCAGUGAAAAUAGCUUAUCUUUUGCCCAAUUUCUCUGCUGGGCUCUGCUGAGGUGAGCUGACGUUUUGUUUCUGAUAUCACCCCCCCUGUUCCAAAUUCCUCUUGGUUGGUAAAAAUAGGCAUGAUCCUCAGACUUUACCCACACCUUAUCAAGCUCUAGGGUUGGUGUCUGCUGAGUCCUUAUCUUUACUAACGACUUGUUGGGAAGUCUGGAAGAACAAUGGCCCUCACUCCUGAGUGUUGCUGUGAUUAGUUUGCCUUUAUCUAAAAUUGAUGUGUUGAUUUCCCGCGGGGAAGGCUGCAGCCAUUCAAAUCUGUGUGUCGUCUUGGUGGCCUGAUGGUUGGUGUUCAGGCUUGAAGUAUCAACAUUCUUGGAGCAACCAGAAAACAGAUAAAAAGCAUGCUAAAUAAUCAGAUCACGACUUUAUUUAAAUGGCUCUUUGUUUCCCUUCUGGUCAAAUCAUAACCGUGGACAGUAGAAGUGAGAUAAUUUUAUUUUUAUUCAAAAUUUAUAUAUGGUAUUAUAAUUUGAGAUUUUUUUUUCUAUUUUUUUGUAAAAAUAUGUUUUUCUCAAUGUUACAACGUAUAGCUGGACGUUUCGCCUUUGAGAUGGGUACUUCUUUUUUAUUUCCAUCCUCCAUUAAUGGGAAAGGCAAUUUAGCUCCACCAAAGCCCAUCCUAUAACCUCUGCUUUUCUUUGCUGCUCUCUCAUACAUGUGGUGCUGCAGAUAUCUUCCCAAGAUCUUCGAACAGUUCACUGGGGCGGAAGGGUUUGUAUUUCUCCAAGACGAUAUGAUUCUCAACUACUGGAACAUCCUGGAUGCCGAUAAGACAAGGCUGUGGAUCACAAACAAGGUAAGAUUACAGUACACAGCAGUGCAUAACAUAUCAUAAUGAGAAUUAUCCGGCCAUCCAACCCAAAAAUAGCAAACUCCAUGCCCAUGUUUAUAUCAAUUUUAUCUCUAAUGACCAAAAUGAGACUUUUCAUAUCCGCAAUUUAAACGGGAGCAACCAGUGGGUGGGGGCUCAUGCCAUGUCAGAUUGAGUUAUUGGAUCAUCCAACUCAAAAAAAAAAGAAAAAAUGCGAAAAAAUCACAACUUUAUCUCCAUGUGAUGAACCCAAUACGGAACUACUCUCACAGAAACAUGACUCUCCAUGUAUCAUGGAAUUUUAUAUCUCUUGGAAUGGGGUUAUCUCGCAGGUCCCGAGUUCCUGGUUUACCGUCGAUGCAAAUAGCAACAGUUCCAAAUGGGUCAUGGCGCAAAGCCAGAUGGUGAAGAAGAUUGUGGGCACCCUACCCGUUCAUUUCCAGGUCAACUACAAGGAGAGUAUUAGCGACGACAAGAUGGCCCUCUGUAGCAGCGAGAUAUUCUACGUUCCCCGCCGCCUGGUGGAGGACUUUGUCGAUCUCGUGGGGCUGACCAAGGACGUUGACCUCCACCAGAUGGCGGCGGUGCCCAUGUUCUUCAUGGCCAUGGAGCCGCCCAGCAGCUUCGACUCAGAGGCCCUCUCUUCCAUUGUGUACAAUAAAAAUCUCCCUUCCAAUGCCUCUUGUUCAAGCAUCUACUCCACCAAGGCGCCUGCGGUCUACCCGUGCAAUGUGCGGAGCGAGGUGGACUUCAUAAAGCUGAUAAGACUAAUGGCUCCAGGAGACCCCCUUCUGAUGGAGCUGGUGUGA